AGGCCUUAUUUUAGAGUUCAGGACAAUGGCGUUGGUGCCGCCGCCAAGUCUCGCCGCCGGGAACUCUUAUCCAGUAACAGCAACAUAUCGGAAGACGAAGAACCUACCGGCCGUUCAUUCCUUCUUCCUUCUCCGUGGUAUGACGGCUAGAAAAAACACGUCCAUUGCAGUAACCCAUUCAUCUUGCAUUCGUGCUGUCUCUCCUCUCCCACAUAAAUCACUCAGAUAUGCCGUGCUUGGAGCAGGGUUUGCUGGGUUAUCUGUAGUAUGGCAUUUGCUCGAGCACAGCCCUAAGGAGAUGAAUGUUAGCAUCGAUAUUUUCGAUGAGUUUGGCGUUGGUGGAGGCGCUUCUGGUUCAUCUGGAGGACUCCUUCAUCCAUAUUCCCCAAAAGUAAAGCUUCUUUGGCGGGGAGCUGAGUGCUGGAGAGAAAGUUUAAGGCUUUUAGGCAUUGCAGAAGAAGCAGCAGCAGCUAAUGGAUGUUUAAUCAAGAGAAGAGGCAUUCUUAGGCCAGCACUCAGUUUGAAGCAUUUGAAUAUCUUGAAGGAUAAUGCUCAAAACUCCCUUCCCAGCUGCAGAAUAGAACAGAUUGAUCAAGAUGACACAAGAAAGCCUGUUCCUGGGUUACUUGUACCCUUGAACUUGUCAUUUUUCAUGCCUGAAGCAAUCAGUAUUAACCCUCAGCUCUAUCUCCAGUCCCUUUUUCAAGCAUGCGAAACCGAGGCAAAUCGGUUUCAUGGAAGAGAGUUACGUUUGCACAGAAAGUCUAUUAAUGACCUCCUUGAACUAGAAGGGGAAUUUGAUGAUGUGAUUGUUUGUCUAGGGGCUAGAGCAACGAUUCUUCCCCAACUUAUUGGAAAGCUUCCUCUAAGAACUUGUAGAGGUGUCAUAGCUCACCUACAGCUGCCUCAAGAUAUUCGGGAGGAUUUUCUGGAAGACAGUCCAUCAAUACUGUCAGAUGCAUGGCUAGCUAUUAAGGGGAAACGUGAUCUUCAUCUGGGAUCGACGUGGGAAUGGAAUUCAAACAAUUAUUCUAAUCACGUUUCAAUGGAAGAAACUUCAAAAGCUCUUGAAGAACUUCUACCAAAGGCGUCUGGAGUUUAUCCAGGCAUUAAUAGCUGGACACUUGCCAAAGCUUAUGCUGGUCUAAGGGCAAUGCCGCCACUUACUGUUAACGGGUCGUUGCCACUUUUGGGAAGCAUUGACCACAUUAUAGGUGACAACCGUAAAUGUAAAUUCUGGCUAUUUGGUGGGCUUGGUGCUAGGGGCUUGUUUUAUCAUGCUUGGCUUGGAAAACUGUUGGCACAAGCUGUGCUCUUUUCUAAUGAAGAUUUAUUACCUUCUGAACUGACUACUUGGAAGAAGAAGAAUAAAGUAGAAAGACAAUAGCAAUAAUUAAUUUCUACUUCAGUUUUGACAGUCUUUACAUUAAUGACAAAUCCAAUAGCAACAAACAUUUUAAGCUAUCUAGAAACAGAGUUCUAUGUGAAAAAGCAAGUCAAAUGUACCAAGUAUUAUUAUGGUGUCCAAAUAUAGAUUUGACCACCACUGGUCGCUCCGGCAAGCAUUCCAACAUGGUAGGGGUGGAUAUCGAAACGACAUGUAAUUGCAGACAAAUGAGGGCUUUGUAAAGUUGUUUCUGUUCUUUUCUGUUCAGUGGAAAUGACAUCUACUCCUCUUCUCAUAUUGCCAACGAAGAGGCUUGAGUCAUCCCAACUCCAUAUUGCUCUGUGUUAUGCAAAUAAAGAAAACACAGUCAAUCAGUUCUUUUUCUUUUAUUAACUUUCUAUUUGAUGCUUCA